AAUAUGUUAUCCCCCCUGAAAUACGGGUUCCCCCGUACACACCUACUGUCAGCCGUAUUGUACCUGCACCUACGGCUGUACAGGGAAGAAUGACACACUCCUGUUGACGCUGUCGGAAAGAGGGGCUUGUACCAAGAUGAGUCGCACUCGCAAAAAUGAGUCAGCCAAGCCUAUCGGCUUUACGCAUGCGCACCACAUCAAGUGCCGGGCGGCCGGCAGGCACGUUGUGAUAUGGUAAUCAGCAAUGUCCUGGGGGCAACCACUGAGUCUUGCAGAUGUGGAUCAAUUGGUCCAGACCCUAGGCCCCCUGACAGAGGAGCAACUGAAGACACUGAGGGCCCAGCUCUGUCCUGGAGAUGUCUCUGUGGGCGACACGUUGGAGGACGUUCUUCUGUACUGGAUCGAACAUGAGUCAAAUCCCACGAGACCUCUGCUGCAGCAGAAACUACAGGCUCUUGUUCCUGAAAGCGAAGGAGCAGAGUUGCCGGACGAAUCAAAACCUGGCAUAGUUAAAAGAUUUUUGGGUGCUUUUUCUGAGCGUGGAAAACGACUGGUGAAGAAUGCAGAGAUCAAAGAUCUCAUCGACAAGUGCGGAAAAGGCAACAGGGAAGCAGUUGGUGAUCUUUUGACGAAAGUCAAACCCAACGUGGUCGAUAACAGACAGACUCCGUUGCUGGCAGCUAGUCUGAUGGGUCAUCUGGACAUUGUGAAAGACCUUGUGGCGGCUAAAGCAGAUGUCAACUUUGUCACUGAAGGAAGGGCUGGGAGGCCGGCACUGAAUGCUGCAUGUAGUCGUGGUCGUUAUGAAGUGGCUGAGUAUCUACUGGACCAGGGAGCCUCUGUCAAUGCCACAGAUGGGGACCAGUUUUCAGCUCUCCAUGAAGCCACUUUCAACGGCCAUCCAAGAGUGGCCAAACUACUCAUCGAGAGAGGAGCGGACAUUGAGAAGAAAUCUAAUGAUGGGAGUACAGCUCUAAUGGUUGCCAGUGAAGGGGGAGACGUGGAUACAGUAAAACUGCUGCUGGAACACAGAGCUAACUCUUCCCACCGACUGCCCAAGUGGGGCAGGACUGCAAUCCACAGUGCUGCCUCCAGGGGCAAAGCUAAGGUGGUGGAACUGCUACUGGAGGCCGCUGACUGUCCUAUUGACGACCAAGACAGCGCUGGGGCAACCCCACUUAUCAUGGCUUUGAUAGGAAACACCCCUGGGAAAGUGGCUAGAGCACGUGCCGGCUAUCUGGAAACUGUGAAAUUCCUCGUUGGUGCAGGGGCCAACCUCAAUAUCCAGGACAAGACUGGGAAGACAGUUCUGAUGUUUGCUGCCAAGGACAACCGGUUGGAAGAGGCCAAAGUACUGGUUGAAGCUGGAGCUGACCUCAACAUACAGGACCAGGAGAAGGGCUGGUCGGCAAUUUUCUUUGCUGCUGAGAAAGCAGAUGUACCGAUGGCUCAGCUCCUCUGUGAAGCUGGAGCUAAUCUUGAUCUACGGAACAAGAAAAAGAAGAGUGUCCUGGAUGUGGCAAAGACCUAUAGUCCAACAAUCCACGAGAUGCUGGAGAAGGCAAGUCAGAGAAAAGUAAACCUGGGAAGGAUAAAGGCAGAGAAGAGAUUAAUUCUCAAAAACAAAGAACUGAGGAUGACACUGCAACCAUGGAACAACAAUGUACAUUAA